AUGUCCCAAAACGGCAAUAUUCAGCCUCAGGCUUACCCCUCCCUCAAUAUCCCCGCAUCGUCCACAUGUCUGGAUGUCAGCAUCAUCAACACUUCGACCAACUUAGUUUGCCCUGCCGACGGUUUUGUCAAGCCUGUAUUGAAGGGCCAUGAAGCGAUCAACAUGCCAACAUGUUCGUUCCAUAUCCGCCACCCCUCCGGAAAAGAGAUCCUCUUCGACUUGGGCUGCCGAAAAGAUUGGUGGAACUUCUCUCCGGCAGUAGUUGCGUCGGUCAAAAAGCUCAUUCUUGGAUUGGACAUUACGAAGGACGUCGCUGAGAUACUCACGGAAGGUGGUGUGGAUCUGAACCGCAUCAACUCCAUCGUAAUCUCGCACUGGCACUUUGACCACACUGGAAACCCAUCACUUUUCCCCAAGUCUGCAGAGCUCGUUUUUGGCCCUGGGUUCAAGGAGGAGUUCACGCCCGGCUACCCAACGAACCCGAAGGGCGUGAUGCUCGACUCCGAUUUUGAGGGCCGAAAUGUGCGCGAGGUGGCAUUUUCGCAAGACUUCAAGAUCGGAGAUUAUGAAGCGCAUGACUUUUUCGGAGACGGCUCAUUCUACGUGCUCAACGUGCCCGGGCAUGCCGUUGGCCACAUAUCAGCUCUUGCCCGCACGACUCCCGAUACCUUUGUGUUCAUGGGAGGCGACGUAUGCCACUUUGGAGGAUCCUAUAGGCCCACCAUCUACGCACCUAUGCCGGAGACUAUUCCAGAAGACGUCCCACUGGAUCGGAACCGCUUUCGCUUGCCGUGUCCGUGCUCGAUGUUCACAGCCUGCCAUCCGGACCAACAGAACGCGCGCACGAAGCCGUACUACGAGGUGAGUCGAGAGGAGGGUAGCUGGUACGUCGACCCGCCGUCGGCACAACAGUCGAUCAAUCGACUGAAGGCUUUCGAUGCGGAUCCCAACGUCUUUGUGUGCAUAGCGCAUGACGAAGGUCUGGUAGACGUGGUCGAUUGGUUUCCAAACGGAACAAUCACCGAGUGGAAGAAAAAAGGGUGGAAGGAAAAGAGCCGAUGGGGCUUUCUCAACGCGUUGCCAAUUGAUGGAAAGCCUGCGGCGGAGCCCUUCUGCCCCGGUUUGAUGAAAGAUGGAAAAGUUGCAAACCUUUAA